AUGGCGACCGUAAUGGAAAAUAUGAAGAAAGAGAGAGCGAUCAUGCGCAGGCUCCACACAAAAAUCGCCAACGAAAUCGAGUCGACCUUGGAAAAAGAAAUCAGAAUUUGCCCUGAACUUACCGCAGCUUGGUUAAAUCUAGAAGAGAUAAACAUCAAACUGUCGGAACUUAAUGAUAAAAUAAAAAGUACGAUGUUAGAUGCGGAUAUAAGGGAAGAAGAAUUAGAGAAAGAAAUUCUGGAUGUUCAAAAAUACACAUCAAAAUGGCGUCUGAUAAAAGCUAAACUGGAACAUGUAUCGAAGACAAAGCCAUUGCGAGAGAGCGAAACACGAAGCUUUCGUCUCCCAAAACUAGAAUUCAAAUCGUUUGACGGAGAUAUAAAAUCAUGGAUGUCGUUUUGGGCUCAGUUCUCAAAAAUUGAUGAAGACCAAAAGCUCGAUGAUAUGGAAAAAUACCAAUAUUUACUCCAAGCGAUGGUGAUGGGGAGCGAAGUGAGAACGAUGGUGGAAAGUUUUACACCAAAUUCAUAUAAAGAAUGUGUUGCACAAAUGAAAGCAAGGUUCGCAAGAGAUGACCUGCUCAUUCAAGUCUACGUAAGAGAGCUUUUGACACUUGUGUUAAUGCAAAAAGACAAGAUGAAUAUCACACAGCUGUAUGAUAAAUUGAAUGCUCAACUGAGGGCCUUAGAAAGCCUAGGUGUGACAAAGGACAAAUAUGCAGCCUUUCUGUUACCUAUGGUUGAAAGUGCUUUAACACAAGAGUUGAUAAAGACUUGGGAACGCAGUAAAAUCAUAAGCAAAAAUACCACCGAAGAGCUAGGACAGCUACUAGAAUUUUUAAAGAAAGAAGUGGAUAGUGAACAGAGGAUAGAAAUAACAAGAAAGACUUUUUCAAAUGAAGCAACUAAAUCUUCAAUUCCAACUGCUGAAAUUUUACUCACCACUUCAAAGAAAGAAUCUGGAAGCAUGCCAUCCUGUAUCUGGUGCGACAAAAACACACAUUCUUCUAUUGAAUGCUAUAAAGCACAGAAAGUGAGCAUUGAACAAAAAAGAGAACACCUAAAGAAGGUAAGAGCUUGUGCAAUUUGCCUGAGAAGAGGACAUCACCCAAAACAAUGUAAAGCUAUGAUUAAAUGUUUCAUAUGCCAGAGAAGACAUUCCACUUUACUUUGUGAGUCUAAAAAGGAAGAGAAGAAAGAUGAAAAAGAAGAUAAUUCUGCGGUUUUAUCAUCAAUGAACAACAAUAACACAACACUUUUACAAACAGUCAUUGUGGAAAUAAAUUCUCAAAUAAAAGUGAGAGCACUGUUAGACUCUGGGUCACAAAAAAGUUACAUCAAACAAUCUGUGGUAGACAAAAUAAAUGUACCAACAUAUGAAAAACAAAUGAUGACCCAUUGUUUGUUCGGUGGAAUACAGAAAAAUCCUAAAGAAUACAAGACAUACAAAGUAAAGAUAAAUGGAUUAGACAAGAAGUUUUCAAUGGAACUAAUUGCUUUAAGUCAAGAUAAUAUUUGUAAUCAAAUACCUAAAUAUAACACAAAAGAUUUAGAAUUAGAAAAGGUCCUAAUGAAAAAUAACAUUACUCUAACAGACAAAUGCAAUAGUAUAACUGAGAUAGGGCUGUUAAUAGGGGCUGAUUUUCUAGGUUAUUUGUUGACAGGUGAAAUGAUAGAGCUGCAGAGUGAACUGAUAGCAAUCAGAACCAAACUGGGUUGGACUCUACAAGGAAAACAGGUGAGUGUACAAACUAGUUCAAACCUUAUAAAUGUGUUGCAUUGUACAUGUGAUAAUGAGAUUACAGGUUACUGGUCACUUGAGACACUUGGCAUCCGAGAUCCAGCUGAGACCAAGUCCAAAGCUGAAGCAGCAGCUGACACCAUGAUGAACUUCAAAGAAAAUAUAAGUAAAACUGAAGAUAGCAGGUAUGAAGUUAAGCUUCCUUUUAAGACAAACUAUGAAGUAUUACUACCUAACUAUGAUCAAACUAAAAAGAGACUAGAGUCAAUGACAAGAAAAUUAAUUAAUAGUGACAAAUUUUAUGACUAUGACACAGUACUACAGAACUGGUUAGAUCUUGGGAUCAUAGAAAUGACUGAGAAUGAUCACAACUCUGGCCAUUACUUACCACAUAGACCAGUGAUAAAAGAGCAGAGCCUGACAAGUAGUAUCCGACCAGUGUUUGAUGCUUCUGCUAAAGAUAAAAAUGGUCCGAGUCUGAAUUUGUGCCUAGAAAAGGGUAACAACUUGAUUGACUUGAUACCAAAUUUAAUACUGAACUUCCGAACCGGUGCUAUUGGUAUUACCUCUGACAUAGAGAAGGCAUUCCUUCAAAUCAGUUUAAAACCGGAAGACAGAGAGUACUUAAAAUUUUUAUGGUACAAAGACAAUAACUUAGUAACUUACAGACAUUGUCGUGUAGUUUUUGGGCUGACUUCUAGUCCCUUUUUACUAGCCGCGACAUUACAGCAUCAUUUAUCUGAAAUGGAAGGAGGACCGCUCAAUGCUACUGCCAAGUUGCUGAGUCAAUCAUUGUAUGUAGACAACUGCCUAGUUAGUAUGGACACUGUUGAAGAGACGAGGAGAUUUAUAGAAGAGGCAAAGGAGAUCAUGCAAGAGGCCAAGUUCAACCUCAGGAUGUGGGUGACUUCGACAGGCAUCAAUGAAACAAUGUUGUUUCUAUUCUUGGUUUGCUCUGGAACCCCACCACCGAUGAACUCUCCUGUCAGACUGAAGGACUUCCUCCACCUGAUAACAUAUCUACACUUUCUAAAAGAGGUUUGUUGUCUCUGA